AUGCCACCUCGCGGCGGGGGUGGCGGAAUGUCGGGCGCCGCGAGCCGCGACGUCAAGCUGUCGGGCGUGCCGGCCCGCGCCACCGAGGCGGACGUCCUCUCGCAGCUCAGCGACUACGGGGACGUGAGGGUGCGAAUGUCGCACCGCAGGGACGGCUCCGUCGAGUGCGCCGCCAGCUUCGAGUCGGUGGAGCUGGCGCAGGCCUUUGUGGAGGGCUCCGUGGGAGAGUUUGCAGUGUGCGGGGUCGCGGUCGACUUGGGCUACUCGGAGCCGUCCCGCGCCCCUCCUCAGUGGCGCACGCACCGGCGGGAGGGCUACGACGACCGGUACGAUGACCGGUACGACGACCGGCACGACGACCGGGGUGGCGGCGGCGACUAUGAGCGAGAGCUGCGCCACGUGGACGGCGCCAGCUGCCGGCUCUCUUGGGCGAGGGACACGCACCGCUCGGCCUUCCGCGCAGAGGAGCGCGAGCCGGCGCACCAGGGGCCGAAGCGGGCGGGGUACGGCGUCCCGGAGGGCUUCGAGGCGGACCACGAGAGCGGCUACUACUACUCGGCCGAGACGGGCUACUACUACGACGCCGCAAAGUGCCUCUACUACCACCCCGCCACCGGCCUCUGGUACUCGUCCGACCCGAUCACGGGCAAGCUGAGCCAGUACAUCGACGAAAAGUACCUCGACCCGAUCACGGGGCUACCGGACGGCGACGGCGACGUGGACUGGGACAACCUCGUCUGCCUCGUCUGCAAGCGCAAGCUCAAGUCGGCUGCGGUGCUCGCCAAGCACGUCGCCGAGUCGGAGCUGCACAAGCAGAACGUCGCGGCGAGGGACGCGCAGCGGCGGCCGCACGACGACGGGCGGACCAACGGGCGCGGCUUCAGCGAGGCUGCGCCAGAGCGGCGGAGGUGA